AAGAACUUCCUGUUGACGCUCGUGCGUCCUGACAAUAGAUCCUGAUACACCAGUCCGAGUUUACAUAGAAAAACAGAAACUAUUUCACAUGACAGCAUCAAACUAAACGCUCAUCUGAGAGGAGAAACCUCCCGUCCGCUGGAUUCAGAGUUUGAUCACAGUUGGAGCGAGUUUCCGAGGAGGAGGAAUGCCGUUUAGCUCUAUGUCUUGGUGUUUUAGACAGUAAAUAAACCGUGUUUCUCCCGGUAUGGCGGAGGCUCGAGCUGACGAUGACGAGGAGCGAAUGCGCGAGCCCGGCGGCGCGAGACGGAGCGCAGAACAUUCAGACAGAAACAAACCGGAUCAGCGCCUCUCCAGCCAAGGCCCGCUGUCCUCCAUCAGAGCCGUCAUCAAGCGCACAUCGAGAACGAGCUCUCAAAGUGACCAUCAGCGGGAACGGAGACGUCCAGAAAUCACCAUCCUCUCUGCUGAACCCCUUCCGUCCAAUACGUGGUUCCCAGGGAAUUCUGGGGCGUUUCCCCCGGCCCCGCCCCCAGCCCCGCCCACAUGGGCUGCUACCGCGGCAACAGUGCAGCUCCCGCCUCCUUCAUAUGAGCAAGUGAUCCGAGAAAAGAGCCGAGAACAGAAUAUUCCCUCUUCGUCGUCUUCAUCUUCUCGUCUCUCUACCUGCACCAUCGCCACUCAGACGGACACACACUCCCCCGGCCCACGAUCCUCCGCUGCUCGUCCAGUUCACAAACCCCCCAAACCCCCGCGCCCCUCGUUGCCUCUCAAACACACGUCUGACCCGGACCGGUCCAACCCGAAGCCUCGAGACGCUCAACACGAGCAGUGUGGCGUUCAGACUGACUUCGAUGACAUCACCGGUGACAUCAGCCCCAUAGGCCCCGCCCCCACCACCAAGUUUUCCACCCAGAGCGACUUUGAUGAAAUCAUCGGUGAUACCUGUGACAUCAGUUCCAUAGGCCCCGCCCCCACCGCCAAGUUUUCCACCCAGAGCGACCUCGAUGACAUCACCGGUGACAUCAGCCCCAUAGGCCCCGCCCCCACCACCAAGUUUUCCACCCUGAGAGACCUUGAUGACAUCAUCGGUGACAUAAGUUCCAUAGACCCCGCCACCACCGCCAAGUUUUCCACCCAGAGCGACCUCGAUGACAUCACCGGUGACAUCAGCCCCAUAGGCUCCGCCCCCUCCGCCAAGACUUUCACCCAGAGCAACUUCGAUUUCCCAGUCGAACCCAUGAAAGAGGAGGCGAGGGCUCGUCCCAGACCUCGACCUCGCUCCACGGUCGCCUUGCGACCCGUCGUUCUAGACCAGCCAAUCACGAGGGAGGUCAAAGUUCAGACGCUAGUGCGCUUAAAGGACGAUGGGGCCGACAGCGUGUUCGCCGGGUUCGACGACUCUCCGUCGAACAUCUCCAGCAAAUACCUGCAAGACCUUCUGGACGUGUUCGGCUCGGACGAAACGCAUGGAGAAAGUCAAGAAAGCAAAGCGAGUGAUGUAGAAGAUGAGAAAAAUAUGGCUGCUUGUUCUGUCAUAACAUCUGAACCUUUAGAACCGUUAGAACCGUUAAAUAGACCACAACCACGUCCUAGAACUCAGAAAUCCAAACCCCAGCUCGCCCCAAAACCAUCAGUCUUUGAUGUUUUUGACACUACCGUUGAGCAAAACCCAUCCAAACUCCUGAGUCCACCGGUACCAGCACCCAGACCCCUUCUGAACAAACUCCAGAGUCCGUCAGAGUCGUGUUCAUCCACUAAACCUUCACCUGCCACCCGACCUGCCAGUUCAUCUCAGAGGAGAAACUCAGAAGAUCAAGCUAUAAACACUCCAGUCAAGAAGACACCUGUGACGCCGACCGACAGGAACGUCGGAAAACGUUCAUCAGUUCCCAAACACUCCCGGCCACCUCCACCUGUGCUCAGGAAUAUGGCGUCCCCCUCACAGGCCGCUGUGGAUGUUUCCAGAGCCGCCAACGCCUCAGUUCCUCCUCUGCCUCCGAGACCCAGUGGUGGAAGACUCCUCCCCCUUCGCCCUCCUCCAGUCAAAGUGGCCAAACCUGCAGGCUGCGCCUCCUCCCCUACUGCGACCAAUCAGCUGCCAAGCAGCAGAGCUCCAAAGAGAGCCCCGCCCCUCCCUCCCCGACCGAAACCAGGACAUCCGCUAUAUAAGCGCUAUUCUAGCAAAGUUCUUCAAGCAGAAACAGAGGAGGAGAAUAUCAGCAAAGAGCAAGAGGAACCAUCGGAGGAAACAUCUUUCCAUGAAGAGGAGCAGCUGAUUGUCCUCGAUGAUACAGACAUCCUAGAAACACAGUCGAAUACACUCCAUGACCUCUGCCCCUCAGAGGUCAAAGGUCAAGAUGUGACUGUCAGUGGGGUUCAGCUGGAACACACACCCUCAGAGCAGCAGAUCCAACAGAACAUGCAAAACAGCAUGCACAAUUCCUGUAUCAGUUUCUCUCUUCCUCUUUCCAGGUUUGUUGUGGCCCGUUUUGCAUUUGAGGGGGGGGAGGGUGAGCUGACUUUCAGUGAAGGUGAUGUCAUCACUCUUGUGGAAUAUGCAAAUGAGGAGUGGGGGCGUGGCAUUCUGAACCGACGAAUGGGAAUCUUCCCUCUCAGUUUCAUCCAGGCUAAAGAGGAAACUGAUGUGUUGCCAGGGAAACCGGUUCUGGAAUCUCCUGGAGGGCGGAGCAGAGGACGAGCACUUUAUGAGUUCAGGCCGGAGUGUGAGGACGAGCUCUGUCUGAAGGCAGGAGACAUAGUGUGUGAUUUGGAGGACAUGGAUGCCGAGUGGUUCGCUGGAGAAUCCGGUGGGAAACGUGGCAUCGUCCCUAAAAACUACAUCCAAGUGUUGCUGGACCCAUGAACCCUGAACAUGUCCUGUCAUGUGCCUGAUGAGCGUUUCUACAUUAUGCCUUAUUUAGAUGUAAUACACUUAAAGAAGGUCAGUGACGGGAUGUUAGUUUGUGAAGCGUAUGGAGAACUCCUGUAUUCUACUGACUCCAGUCUGUGUGUGUGUGUGUGUGUGUGGCCGUAUGAAUUUGUUUACAGAGUUUUAACCCACAUUAAACUCAUCCGUUACAUAAA